GCUCUCCCGCGCACUCAGCUGGGACGGAGGCAGGGCUUUGGCACCCGAAUUUCCCAUCACAGCAGCAACUUAAAAUGUCUGGGAAGAUGGUGGUCUCUGGGGCUUCACAUCUACUUUGGAUGGUGUUUGCGGCUUCUCAAGCUUUUAAAAUCGAGAUCUUGCCCGAAUCCCCAGUUAUGGCCCAGAUCGGUGCCUCGGUUUCACUGACUUGCAGCACGACGGGCUGCGAGGCCCCGUCUUUCUCCUGGAGGACCCAGAUAGACAGCCCUCUGAACGGGAAGGCGAGGACCACGGGGAACACGUCCACGCUGACCAUGGACCCCGUCAGCUUUGGGAACGAGCACUCUUACCUGUGCACCGCCACCUGCGGCUCCGAGAAAGCAGAGAGAGGAAUCAGGGUGCAGCUCUACUCUUUCCCAACGGACCCAGAGAUUCAUCUGAGUGGCCUUCUGGAGGUUGGACAGCCGGUCACAGCCACAUGCCUGGUCCCUGAUGUUUACCCAUUCGAUCGGCUGGAGAUUGCUUUGCUGAAGGACAACCGUCUCUUGAAAAAUCAGGAAUUUCUGGAGCCUAUGGAGGGAAAGUCCCUGCAAACCAAGAGUUUGGAAGUGACCUUCACUCCUACCAGGGGGGAUAUUGGGAAAGCGCUUGUUUGCCGAGCUGCGUUACACGUUGAGGUGGACGAGGAGCUCCGAGAAAGGGCGGCCAGGAAAGAACUGGAGGUGUACAUCUCACCCAAGAACACCACUGUCUCUGUGAGUCCCUCCACGAGGCUGCAAGAAGGUGGCUCUGUGACAAUGACCUGUACCAGUGAGGGGCUCCCAGCGCCGCGGAUUUUCUGGAGCAAGAAGUUAGAGCAUGGGGCCCUACAGCCCCUUUUGGAAAAUGCGACUCUCACUUUAAUUGCCAUGAGGCUGGAAGAUUCUGGAAUUUAUGUGUGUGCAGGAAGGAAUCUGGUUGGGGAGGACACCAAAGAGGUGGAGCUGCUUGUUCAAGAAAAACCGUUUACUGUUGAGAUCUCCCCUGGACCCCAGGUGGCUGCUCAGAUUGGCGACUCCGUCAUGCUGACAUGCAGGGUCAGGGGCUGCGAGUCCCCGUCUUUCUCCUGGAGGACCCAGAUAGACAGCCCUCUGAGCGGGAAGGCGAGGAGCGCGGGGACCACGUCCACGCUGACUCUGAGUCCCGUGAGUUUUGAGAACGAACAUUCUUACCUGUGCACCGCGACCUGUGGACCUAAGAAACUGGAGAAGGGGAUCAAGGUGGACCUCUACUCAUUCCCUCGAGACCCAGAAAUGGAGGUGAGCGGUGCGUUAGUGAGUGGAAACCCGGUCACAGUAAGCUGCCAGGUUCCUGAUGUUUACCCACUGGACCGGCUGGAGAUGCAGCUCUUGAAGGGGGAGAGCGUUAUGAAGAAUAAAAACUUUUUGGAGGACGUGGAUAAGAAAUCCCUAGAGACUGGGAGUUUGGAAAUGACCUUCAUCCCCUCCACUGAAGACAGCGGCGAAGUUCUCGUUUGUCGGGCUCGGUUACAUAUCGAUGAGCUGGAAUCUGAACCCAAACAACGGCAGAGCACACAGACGCUUCGUGUUGACAUUGCCCCCAGGAACGCAACCAUCCUGGUCAGCCCCUCCUCCACCCUGGAGGAAGGUCGUUCUGUGACUAUGACCUGCUCUAGUGAUGGCCUCCCAGCUCUGAGAAUACGGUGGAGCAGGCAACUUAAAAAUGGACAUCUGCAGUUUCUUUCUGAGAAUGCAACUCUCACCUUAACGUCUACAAAAAGGGAAGAUUCUGGCAUUUAUGUGUGUGAAGGGAGUAGCCAGGCUGGAAUAAGCAGAAAAGAAGUUGAAUUAAUUAUCCAUGUUGCUCCAAAAGACAUGCAACUUAUCGCUUCUCCUUCUGAGAAUGUCAAGGAAGGAGACACUGUCAUUAUCUCCUGUACCUGUGGAAAUCUUCCCAAAGCGUGGAUAAUCCUGAAGAAAAAGGCUGAGACGGGAGACACCGUGCUCAAGUCCAUAGAGGGCGCGUACACCAUCCGCAAGGCCCAGUUAGAGGAUGCAGGAGUGUACGAGUGUGAAUCUAAAAACGAGCUUGGCUCGCUGUCCAGAAGGAUAACACUUGAUGUUAAAGGAAGAGAAAGUAACAAGGACUAUUUUUCCCCUGGGCUUCUUGUGCUCUAUUGUGUGUCCUCCUUAAUCAUACCUGCUAUCGGGAUGAUCAUUUACUUUGCAAGAAAAGCCAACAUGAAGGGGUCCUACAGUCUUGUAGAAGCAGAGAAAUCGAAAGUGUAGCUGACGUUUGAAAUGUUUGACCAGAGACGCCGUUUAUCAGUCCAAAGCCUUCACACCACUCCACGAGCGAAACAGCAAACUGGAGUCCAGGUGUCCUGGGAUGCAGAGAACUCUUGGGACGAAGUGGCUGCCUGCACUUCUGGCUGUGACAAGAAGACCAGUGAAACUUUCUGCCUCGGACAUGAGCACUGGAGUCGUCCCUUGAUGUGUAUAUACAGUCACAUGAUCUGUACAUAUGUAAAAUAGAAUUACGGCCUGGCGAGCCUGCUUGGGAUAGCAGCACGUGUGGUGAGAGCUCUCAAAAACUAAACACUGUCUCCUGGACUGAGUGUUCUAACUUAAUGCAUCUUAGAAAAAUUUAACAUUGAUAUUGACUGGCAGCUGACCUCCAUCAUUUUAUAUUUUACUUCCUGUAACAAACUUUCAUUCCUACCAAGUUCACGGACAACAACUUCAUGUUUGAACAAAUGCCAGGGUUUUAUAUUUUUACAGGCAAAUGAUAAACCAAGAGGGCGCGGGGUUGACUUUCAGGUACUAAGCGCUUCCACAUGUGGUGCAGCGGUGGGCUGGUUCCUCUGGACGGUACUGUGUGGUACGGAGACGUUUCAUGAUGUUGUUUGUUCACGCUCUUGCGCAACUUUCCCUGUGGGACCUAAUCAUGCAACGUCUUUUGAUCUUCUUUUGU